UGAGUCUUAUACGGCUUUAGUAGGAGGUGUGAGGUGUGAGGGAGAGGUCCAUUACUAUUACUACUACUAUUACUACCACUACCACCACCAUCAUGACCCUCCCUCUUUUGUCGACCUUCCUCACUCUACUCAGUGUAACAUCCGCGAUGGGGCGGUGGUGGGGAGGCGGUCAAGACGGAGUACAGCACGGAGACAGAGCAGAGAGGAGAGAGUAUCUGAGUGAAGGAGACGCGUAUGAUGACAGUGGCGUGAGGGACAUAAACGGGAGGGCCUUGAUCAUUGAGGUGGCGAAGCAGGUGUUACGGUUACUCCACCAGCACCGACAGCAGGAGAACAGACUAGGGAGGGAAGCAGAGGCAGCCAUGACCUCCUCUAUCGCCAGAGACUCCGUUAGGCUUGUCGUUAUGGGGUUCAUGGGCUACCACAACGAGGAGCAGUGUCUGGAGCGGGUGGCGUGUGAAGCAGGGGAUGUCCUCACUAGAUUCUACCCCAGCGCCUCCCUCUUUCUCACCGCCCUGGACCUGGUGGCGCCUCCCAACAUGAGGGACAUAGUGAGGCUGGCUAAGGAUGCUUCACUUGGGGUCUCCUGCGUUGUUUACAGGUGUGGUGAAGCUUACUAUCCAACUGAUAACGAGGUGAUUACGUAACCAUCUGGGACUACUCCUCCUCCUCCUCCUCCUCCUCCUCCUCCUCCUCCUCCUACUACUACUACUACUACUACUACUACUACUACUCCUCCUCCUCCCCUCUUCCC